GGAGAGGGUCCCCUUUGUUUGCCCUUCUGCGGGUCCUUCCCAUACUUGAGCGGCAUCCAGAGAGUGGUCGGUCUCGUCUACCCGCCUGACUUUCUGCAGAGGCUCCUGCCGUUGGCCCAGUAGUUGGCUGUCGAAAGUGCCGGCCCCCGCGCCGGCGCCGGCAGCAGCCGGGUGGGAAGGCUCAAGAUGGCGUGCCUGUUGGAGACCCCAAUCCGCAUGAGCGUCCUCUCGGAAGUAACAGCUAGCAGUCGCCACUAUGUUGACAGGCUAUUUGACCCUGAUCCCCAGAAAGUUCUACAAGGUGUCAUAGACAUGAAAAAUGCUGUAAUUGGAAACAACAAGCAGAAAGCCAACCUCAUUGUUUUAGGAGCUGUUCCAAGAUUGUUGUAUUUGCUUCAGCAAGAAACGUCAAGCACAGAGCUGAAAACGGAAUGUGCAGUGGUAUUGGGAAGUCUUGCUAUGGGUACUGAAAACAAUGUCAAGUCUCUGCUGGACUGCCAUAUUAUCCCUGCCUUACUACAAGGACUACUGUCCCCAGACCUGAAGUUCAUUGAAGCUUGUCUCCGAUGCCUACGUACCAUCUUCACCAGUCCUGUCACUCCAGAGGAGCUACUGUAUACAGAUGCCACAGUGAUACCACACCUCAUGGCGCUGCUGAGCAGGUCCCGCUACACCCAGGAGUAUAUCUGUCAGAUCUUCUCACACUGCUGUAAAGGUCCAGAUCAUCAAACGAUUUUAUUUAACCAUGGUGCAGUUCAGAAUAUUGCUCACCUACUAACCUCACUCUCCUACAAAGUUCGAAUGCAAGCACUGAAAUGCUUCUCAGUUUUAGCUUUUGAAAACCCCCAGGUAUCGAUGACCCUGGUAAAUGUGUUGGUUGAUGGAGAAUUGUUACCACAGAUAUUUGUGAAGAUGUUACAGAGGGAUAAGCCUAUUGAGAUGCAGCUCACAUCAGCAAAAUGUUUAACUUACAUGUGUAGAGCUGGAGCGAUUCGGACAGAUGACAACUGUAUUGUAUUAAAAACGUUGCCUUGUUUGGUCCGAAUGUGCAGUAAGGAAAGAUUACUGGAGGAGAGAGUUGAAGGAGCUGAAACACUCGCCUAUCUGAUUGAGCCAGAUGUUGAGCUGCAGAGAAUCGCUAGCAUAACCGAUCACCUCAUUGCCAUGCUUGCUGAUUACUUUAAGUAUCCCAGCUCAGUGAGUGCUAUCACUGAUAUUAAAAGGCUUGAUCAUGACUUAAAACAUGCUCAUGAACUCCGCCAGGCUGCAUUCAAGCUCUAUGCCUCUCUUGGAGCAAAUGAUGAAGACAUCCGGAAGAAGAUCAUUGAGACUGAAAAUAUGAUGGACCGAAUUGUGACUGGCUUGUCUGAGUCUAGUGUCAAGGUGCGGUUAGCUGCCGUCAGAUGUUUGCACAGUUUAUCGAGAUCUGUACAGCAACUUCGAACCAGUUUUCAGGAUCAUGCUGUGUGGAAACCUUUAAUGAAGGUUUUACAAAAUGCACCAGAUGAAAUCCUAGUAGUAGCAUCUUCCAUGUUAUGUAAUCUUCUUCUUGAAUUUUCUCCAAGCAAAGAGCCAAUUUUAGAAUCAGGAGCUGUAGAGCUACUUUGUGGAUUAACCCAGAGUGAAAAUCCUGCUUUACGAGUGAAUGGAAUUUGGGCUUUAAUGAAUAUGGCAUUUCAGGCUGAACAAAAAAUAAAAGCAGAUAUUUUACGAAGCUUGAGUACUGAACAGCUAUUCCGGUUAUUAUCAGAUUCAGAUUUGAACGUGCUGAUGAAGACAUUGGGACUUCUUAGAAAUCUCCUUUCUACUCGGCCUCAUAUAGAUAAAAUAAUGAGUACUCAUGGAAAGCAAAUUAUGCAAGCCGUCACCCUUAUUCUGGAAGGGGAGCAUAACAUUGAGGUCAAAGAGCAGACGCUCUGCAUCCUAGCCAACAUAGCAGAUGGGACAACAGCAAAAGAACUUAUUAUGACUAAUGAUGACAUCCUGCAGAAAAUCAAAUAUUACAUGGGUCAUUCACAUGUCAAACUGCAGCUUGCUGCUAUGUUUUGUAUAUCGAACCUCAUAUGGAAUGAAGAGGAAGGUUCACAAGAACGCCAAGAUAAAUUACGAGACAUGGGCAUUGUAGAUAUUCUACACAAACUGAGCCAGUCACCAGAUUCCAACCUUUGUGACAAGGCAAAGACGGCACUGCAGCAGUACCUGGCAUGAUGGGAGCGCCGGACAUCUCGAGUACUGCUUAGCCCUUCUACAACCCUUAGCUCGGCACCGGCUCCAGCUUCUGGGUCAGCUUCAAGGUGAAUUCAACAGCGGUUGCUCUUGACUGUUUGAAGGUAGAACCAGCCUUUUCCCUUUGCUAGAAGGAGGCCAGAGGCACCGAGGCCAGGAUGAGAGGUCUGCGGUCCAGAAGUUUGCGGUGAGUGUGUGCCACUGAUGGGGCCCCACGCCCACCCACCAGCCACUCCCAGUGGGGUUGCUCACAUCGCAGCUGCCCUGUCACCAACCUGCACCUUCCUUGGAAGAUUUCAAUAUGAUUGAUUGCAAAUGAAUGUUUUUUAGAUGUAUUUAAUGCAAUGUUUUCUGUUCUCAACAUGGCCACUCAAGACUCAAAUACAAGAGAUUUUAUUGUUA